CUUUGGGUAUCCCACGCCCCCCACCCCGCCUUCGCAGAGCAGGUGGGCGUCCUGGAGAAAGCCACGGACAGGGCGGCUGUCGCAAUCGCGGGACUCGAGCCAACGCAGAGGCGCCCUUUGUCCUUCGGAGCAGGCGAAGCUGCGAGACGCGUGAGGCCGUGGGAAGGCGCGGCGAGCUCUCCAGAACCGGGCCGUGGGGCGAGAGGAACCUGCGCAGCUCCUUCGGCUUGUUUGACCCUCCGUUCUUGCCUGCCAUGGAGUCGAUCGGCUGGAAUAUCAGCCAUGAUACCAGGAGAUUCAGAUUUGCGCUACCAUCGCCAAAACAUAUAUUGGGCUUGCCUAUAGGCCAACAUGUAUACCUCUCUGCCAAAGUCGGUGGUAACCUUGUGAUUCGGGCUUAUACUCCAGUUUCUAGUGAUGAAGUGAAAGGAUAUGUUGAUUUAGUAAUAAAGGUUUACCACAGAAACGUUCAUCCCAAAUUUCCUGAAGGUGGGAAGAUGUCCCAGUACUUAGAUGCCAUGAAGACUGGUGACACCAUCAAUUUCAGAGGACCUAAUGGGCUUCUGGUGUACAAAGGAUCCGGUAAAUUUGCUAUCAAAUUGGAUAAAAAGUCUGAAGCAAAGAUAAAGUUUGUUAAGCACCUUGGGAUGAUUGCUGGGGGAACAGGAAUUACUCCAAUGCUUCAGCUGAUCCGCCAUAUCACGAAGGACCCUACCGAUAAAACAAAAUGUUAUCUCCUUUUUGCUAAUCAGACGGAACAGGAUAUAUUACUGAGACCAGAGCUGGAAGAUGUAGCUACAAACCACUCAGACCAAUUUAAAUUGUGGUAUACUUUGGACAAACCGCCUCAGGGAUGGAAGUAUAGUUCUGGCUUUGUUACUGCAGACAUGAUAAAGGACCAUCUUCCUCCCCACUCUGGAGACACUUUGAUUCUUAUGUGUGGGCCUCCACCUAUGAUUCAAUUUGCCUGUCAGCCCAAUCUUGAGCUUCUGGGAUAUGCAAAAGAGAGCACAUUUGCUUACUGAACUUGAAGUUAAUUCGUUUAGCAAAUGUCACAGGUACUAUGGUUAUGCAAAACAUUUGAAGGAGCACGUUACAAAGUGGUUGAUGUAAGCAAAGUGUUCCUCCUUGAAGGAUUAAAACAACCGUGAUCUCUAAGAGCUACCUUAAAUUUUCCCCGAAUGUGUGCAUGUAGCUUGUGCAAAACUGCUUUGAUUGGCCAGCAAUCCCAAAGAAAGUGUUGUCUGUGUAAGAAUAUUGUGAUGGGAUGCACACCUAGAUGAGCAGUGGGAGAGACUUGGGGUAACAAGAGUUUUUCUUGUUACCACAAGUCUAGACUAAGAGCCUGCACAGCCCCAAGCUGGGUGUGAGAGGCAGGAAGGGAUUUAGGGAAGUCAGUCUACAAUCUCUCAGGAUGUACUGUAUUUAGUACGUUAGAUUAUAAUUUUAGUCUGGCAAGAUUUUGUCUAUUAACUGUAAGCAAAUAAACGAAUGAUUGGAUGCUGCUAAUAUCAUCUCUAAGUUUGGGCCUGACAAAUACACAUUCCCGAGAGGAAAGACUUUAGAAGACCUGUGCCGAUCUUUCAAAAGAGGACACUUUUCUCACACUAAUGUACUUGGCAAAGUACUCCUUUCUAAUGCCUUGCCAAGUCUUAAUAAAGUUUUAUGAAGCUUUUUUGUUUCACUUAAAUAAAAUGUUGAUACAUUUUGUGGACUUUGAAUUUCCAUAUGAGUUACUUAUGGCGAUUUUUAUUAGCAUAUAAAAAAUGAACUGCUUUUGAAACAAAGCUGGUUAGGAAUUAGUUGCAGUGGACCGAGGUAAGGAGCCUGUGGCUUCCUGUCACUUCUGUAGGUCAUGUUUUGGAGCCAUUGGAGCUUCUUCUAUCCACGGUUCCUGAAGCUGACUUCAGUUUUUCAUCAACAUGAAAUAAGAAAUGUAAAAACUAUGACAUAUAGUUUUAAAAACAUAAAAUUAAGAUUUACUUCAAGUAUGACAAAAAAAAAUCCAAUCAAGGUUUCACUGGGUUUAAAUAACUAAUUUAAAUCCAGAUUUCCUCCCCAAAUGUUGAUUCCAGCUGAACUUUAUGAAGCCAUCAGCACACCAAGACAUUCCUAGAGAGAGAAUAUGCUCAUCUUCCUUAGUCGGACAAAAUCCUAUUGAUGAAAUUCUUUUAUUGGGCACUGUCUCACGGAUGAGAAGCGGGGAUGCAUUUAGCUUGAUGUUUCUUAUAGGAACGAAUGGUGGUCAUGUAAAAGGAGUCAUAUAACCUUCCAUCUAUGUUGGCUGGAACCAAAAUGUUUGCCUUCUGAAUCAUGCAGGUGCUUGCAUGUGUAAUAUUUAGAACAACCAUGCAACUAUAGCAC